GAAAUCUUGCUCUCACGUCUUGCUCUAACUUUUUUGCUCUCACUCUCUCACUUGUUACGUCUCUCUCAGAGGCUCAACAGCUGUCAGAAAGCAUGUCGACCGCACUCUUCACAGAGUUGGACAGUGAGAUCGGGGAGCUGCUGGAGGAGUUUGAGAACGUGGUGGAGGAAAUGAGCGCUCCGUCGGUGAGCGCGCUCGGUGCCUUCGAGCCUGUGCUGAGAGAAGAAGCAGCGAAACUGCGACCAGCCCCCAGCGACGGAGUGACGGACAGCGGCAUCGAGGACGCGGACGAUGCUAGUGAACCAUCUCAGGCAAGCAGCUUGAAUGCGAGUGUAGAAGAGCUCAACACCGCAGGCGUGAUGACUUCACGGAAAGCCAAACUCGGGGACACCUCUGACCUAGAGAGCUUUAUUGAGAACCUGGACAAAGAGCUUGCAGAGAUGUGAACAGACAGGACUCGUGUAACUACAGGACAGGAGCCAAGACUAUCAGCACGUACCAGCAAGAACAGACACAGAACUGGCAUCCAUGGACAAACCAAAUCCCCAUCUUGGACAGGAGAUUCAGGUUGUUUUGGAAUAAAAAUACGAAAAAUACGGACAACAAACUACAACUCAGACAAACACGAGCAAUCUAAUCUAAGUCACUUGUUUAUGUUUAUUAAUACAAAUGUUGGUAUGUUUUAGAGAAAUAUUAUUAAUAUUCCACAAUCUCAUUGAAUAUGAACCAGGACAAUACCUCAAUCAGUAAUAAGGCUGGAUUAUGAAGUUCUUUUAGUCUUUGCUUGGAAGAUUUUCUAUGUUGAAUUCAGGCUAAAUUCAUUUGUAAUGAUGAUAGUGUAAUAUCUCUAUAACUCAAAUCACUCAACGUUUUUUGACCUAUGACCUCUCAGUAUCCAGGAGAUUAUAUAACUAUAUUGUUACUGUUACAAUAUUUUCUGAAUGCAUAAAGACUCAUGGCAGCUAAUUGUAGUAGAUAACAUUUUAUAUUGUGUUUGCUGUAUAAAUAUUCGUGUUAUUGCACACAGUAUCUGUAUUUUGACGGAUAUUGAGUGAGAUUUUUUUUUAAGAAAAGGAAACUUUUGUAAACAAAACAAAACAAAAACAAACAAAAAAACAAAUAUAUAUAUUUUAUUAUGA